GUAGCUGUUACGAGACUAACACGCGCUGCAUGUUCUUAUCAAGAGCACGGCCAACAAGAAAUGCUAUCGGAGCCACGGCUCGCAAGAGUGGGUCUCUCGCGGCCGCUGCGCCAGCCGCUGCUGCCUGCUGCCACCCUUUACCGCCGCGGCAGCCGCAGCAGUCGUCUUAGGGACCAGGUCGCAUGGCUCGGCCGCGGCGGCAACGGGUGCGGCGCAGCUGUCGGCGGCAGCACCGGCGCUAGCAGCGCGGGCCGCUGGGGCGAGGACGCGCUGACUGGUGGCGUCACCGGUGAGGAGGAGCGGCGGCGGCUGCUGGCUGGAGCCACGCCAGGCUGCGAGCUGGACGGGCCGCAGGUUGAGGAUGAGAACGAGAUGGAGGCCAAGGGUCAGCGGAUGGAUGGCUUAGACCCGCGCUACGUGUCUGGUGAGGACCUGCCCCACCACCCGCCUCCUCCGCCCUUCGAGGCCCUGCAGCACGGCUACGGCUGCGGCGCCCAGCAGUCGCAGCCGAUCCGUGACGAGACCGGAGACGUCAGGGGCUGGGCUUCAGAAGUGAGGGAGGCGGCGGCCCAGGAUUCCGGCGAUGUCCGGGGCGGCGGCGGCGGCGGCGGCGGCGGCGGCGGUGGCGACGAGGCAGCUGGGAGUCAUCACCUGCUGUCAGUGGCUGAGGAGCGGCUGAUGCAGAUGCAGGGGCGCGGAGGUCCAGACUCGCCCGCUGCUGACAGCGGCGGCGGAGCAGGCGACACCAGCGCCGCCGCCGCCGCCGGCGGCGGCACUGCUGAGCUUUCUCGCGGCGACGUCGGCGGCUCCAGCGGCGCCACGGACGACUGGAGCGACAGGGCGGCGGCGGCGGCGGCGGCGGCGGAGGCAUUUGAAAGACCUGCAGGUGGCGGUGCUGGUGGUGCGGGAGGAGAUAGGCAGGGGGAGGAAGGCGCCAGUGCAGCAGCAGCAGCUCAGCAUCUUCAAGGCCAGCAGAAUCCGACCCAGAUCCAGAUCCGGCCCAGUGCCGGCCAGGCCACUGCUGACGCGCUGGCAGGCGACGCCGCUGACUGGGUCGGCGGCGCCCCGGGGGCCCUGGACGCGCUGCUGGCGGAGCCGCUGACGGCGCCGCGGGCCGCGGCGGCGGCGGCAAUCGUGGCGGGCACCGCCGCCACCGCCGCCGCACAGCGGGCGGGUGAAGUUGCCUCUGAGGUGGCGGGCCGGGCGAUGACAGAGCUGUCGGCUCUGGCGGCCGCGGUGCGCGGCGGCGGCGCGGCGGCGGCGGAGAGAGCCGUUGCCGCCGCCGAGCGCCAGCGCGCCGGUGGCGCUGCCGACGGCGGCGGAGGCGGCGGCGCACGGGAUUUUGGCCAUGUCGGCAGUAGCAGCGGCGACACCCGCAGUGGCAGUGGCAGUAGCAGCGACAUGGUGGAGGUGAAGGGCAAGAAGCCGUCUGUGGCGGUGCGCUGUGCGCUGGGUGUCGCCAGUGCCAUGGAUGUGGUGGAAGACGGCGUGCUGGGCGCCGCUGCCAAGGCCGCCAGCGCCGUCGGCGGCGCCGUCAGCGGUGUGGCGCAGGCAGCAGCUGACAAGAUACGUGAGGUGAGGCGGAAGGCUGCCAUCUUCAAGCAGACCUACCAGCUGCUCAGCGCCGCACAGGACCUCAAGGACGAUGCAGAGGCCGCCGCCGGCGCCGCCGCCAAGCGCGCGGCGGAGCACGCCGCGGCGACGGUGCCGGAGCGCCUCGGCGCAGCCGCCGACGCCGCCGCUGACGCCGCAGUAGACGCCGCCGCCACCGUCGCCGCCAAGGCGGCUUACGCCGGCAUGGCCGCCGCCGGCGCCGCGUACAGUGCCGCUGCCGCCGGCGCCGACGUUGUGAGCCGCGUGGCGAGUGACGCGACGGCGGCGGCGAGCGAGAUGGCGGCGGCGGCGGCGCUACAUGCGGAGGAGGCGGUGGCGGUGACGGAGGAGCGAGUGCUGGAAGGGGCGGAGAGGGCGCGGCAGGAGAUGCGGCGGGCGGCGCACGGGGGUGUGGCGGGGGGAGCUCGAGAGGGAGUGGAGGGUGAGGAAGGCGUGGCCGUGUCGCCAAGCGGUGGCGCUAGUAGUUCGCAAGGCCGCGCUGCGCGCGGAUUCUUCAAUGUGGGCCGCGGCGGCGGCGGCGGCAGCGGCAGUGAGAGCGAGGGCGACCGCAGCGAGGGAGGAUACCGCAGCGGUGGCGACGUUUAGGGCCCUGUUACGGCUGAUUAGGAGCCAAAGUCCUUUGCGCUGGCACGAGUAAGGAGCGGGGCGGACUGACGCGGCGGCGCUUAGUUGGGGUUGGCAGCGUGUCAGCAUGUAGGGAGGGGGGCUAGGCACGGCUAGGCCGGCAGAGGAUGGCAGCGCUGUGUAUGUUCAUGGCGCAGGGCCAGUUGACUGUUGGCCACCUCCUGUUCGGCGGUGUUUGCAAAGGGGACCCGCCCACAGCCGCCGCGGGUGCGGUGGGGCCGUGGGGGCGGCAGGGGUAGUGAACCGUGGUUGGGAAGGCGGCGCACCGACCCAAGGGGCUCUGGGGCCAAACUGCUCUCGCCUGUGCCAGGCCGGGAACUUCUCCUUUGUAACCAUGUAUCCAA